CCUUUUAUUUAAUGGAAAGGAAAUAACUUGUCUGCCACCAUUAAAGCUCAAAGUAACCCUAAUUCCUAUGCUUACACUGAAGCCUCUCUCUCUGGUUUUCUUAUUCAAUAGCCAUGGAAUCAAUAUCCUUUGGAUCUGAUCCUCGUUUUUACUUUCAAGUGGGAAAGAUAAAAAUCAGUAAGGGGAUGAAAUGUUUGCAAGAUUUGGUACACUGGUGCAAAAACAACUUGACUCCAGAAAGUGCUGGAAUCCUUCAUGAAUCCAUCGCCUAUCUUCAAUCUCUUCAACGACAAGCACAGGAAAUUGAAUCUGUAGCACAACAGAGAGGAGCAGCACCUGCAUCUUUCAAUGUCAAUGGAACAAAUCUACAUCGUGGGCAGGUGGUUGAAUCUUUAGCACAGCGGGGGGAAGCAUUUGUAUCUAAUUCCUACAUCAAUGGACAGAUGAACCAUAAAGGCGACAACUCAUCAUGUUUUAAGCGAAAAAGGUGGUCAAACGUUUGGGAGGAUUUCACAAAGUAUGUAGGCAAAGAUGAGAAGGAAUGGACUAAAUGUAAACAUUGUAAGAAAGAGUUUGUAGGAUCAAGUAAGAGUGAAACCGCAUAUCAUGAUAAUCAUCUAAAAAGUUGCCUAGGUUUGAGAAAUCCAGGUGGAUUAGGAGAUAAAGCAAAAGAGAUAAGUUUGAUUGAUCGAGAACUAAAUGACUCUGAUUUGCUGCGAAAGAUUAUUAAGUAUGGGCUGAAUGGUAUAAAGGAUGAUAUACUUAAUAUUUAUGAACAAGAAAAAGAUAAGUUGCACAAAUAUUUAGAAAAACUCCCAGGUUGUGUUAAUGUAACAAUUGAAGACUUGUUGAUCGACAACUUUUAUGUUUAUUUUGCGACAGUCUGGUAUAUUGAUGAUAAUUGGGAAUUGAAGAAGAUGAUUUUUCAUUUCGAGAAUGAUGAUGCAAAGAAGGGGAUUAUUCAUUUGGAGAAUGAUUAUAUUGAUACCAUGGGAGGCUUAAAUGAAAAUUCUCUAAAGCAUUUUUUUCAUGUUUGGAACAUAGACAAAAAAAUUCUGUCUAUGGAUGUUGACUGUACUUGUGAAUUUGACGAAAACAAGGUUGACAAGUGGCUUAACGAAAGAGCUUCACUUCCUUUUAUUGGAAAUUAUUGUAAAUGUUAUGUUUUCUUACUGCAAUUUGAAGAAAAAGUUAUAUCUGAGGUGUCGAAAAAUGAUAUUUUCAUGAAACUGAGGAAUCUUGAAAACUACUACAUAACAUCAUCAAACAAAUAUAUGUUUGAAUUAGCGGCAAAAAAAGUUGAGUCCCUGGGUAAAAAAGCAACUUUUACAUUUCAUCAUAGGUUUAGUGUGUAUUUCGAUCUGCUUGUUUUGGUAAUGGGAAAUAAAGAAGCAUUUUGUGAGUUGGAGCAUACAGAUUAUGAUUUCAAGUGCAUCGAUUUUGAUUGGGAUGAUGCAACUUCACUGCACAGCUUUUGGGUAGUGUUAAAAGAUAUGGAAAAUGAUAUAGGGAAGCUGAUGGAUUCUGAAUCUAAAUUGGCAAAUGAGUGUUUCCCUAUAGUUUAUGAUUUUUUUUCAAAAAUGCUACAGUUCAAAAAAACUGAAAAUCAGUACCUUCGCCAUGCUGCAUUACUUUGCAGAGAAUAUAUUGAUGAAUAUUGCAGCAACUCAAAGCUGUUAUAUGUAAUCACAGUGAUUCUGGAUCCAAGAUUUAAACUGGAUAUUGUAGAACAUUUCUACAAAGAAAUUUAUGAUGAUGAGACAGACUUACACUUUAAGAAAAUCUUUGAUAGUGUUACAAAUAUUUACAAUGAAUAUGCAAAGGAUGUCAAGUUGAAGGGGAGAGCAUAUGCAUUUUCACAGCAUGCAAAUGUGGUUGCUUUGACAAAAUCAGAAUUUGACCGCUAUUUGACAGAUUCCAAGGUUCCUUUGUAUGAAGAGUUUGAUAUACUAGAAUGGUGGCGUGUGAAUUCUCCUACUUAUCCAACUCUAGCAAUGAUGGCUCGUGACUUCUUAUCAAUACCAAUUGCUAAGCGUGAUCGGUUGGAUUCUUCUUCUUUGGAGGAUGAAAUUGAAGAUAUUUACACUAGUAAGUUGGAUGUUGACUUAAAAUGUGGUUUGGUAUGUUUAAAAGUUUGGUUGAACGACCAUGUAAAUAUAUAAUGAAGUUGUUGAAAUGAUAAUAUAUGUUUUUUUUUUUU